UGACAGCAGGCGGAUGCUAUGACGAUGCUCGCGAUGGCCCGUGGUUCGGAGGCGCGCGAGGAGGAGGGCGAGGCGGGCGCGGAGCUGGACGUGGUCGGCGUGGAGGACGCGGCUCCCGUGGACCUCACGCGCCGGCUGGGCCUCACGCGCCCGUCCGAGCGCAGCGCCAUCGCCUUCUCCGUGGAGAACAUCCUGGACCCCAGCAAGUUCACCGGCCGCGCGGACCUGCCGCGGUACGACACGUACUGGCGACCGCACUACGACCGGGACGACUCCGACUCAGUCAAAGACCACCUCCAGCACUCUGACCUCGAGACAGACGAGGUGGAGACUGACGACCAGACGUCCAACGUAGACGACGAUAUCCUAACACAGUCUGACCUAGACGAAAACGGUGACCCAAAGAGUCCGCAUUCCUCCUCCUCGAAAAAAGGAAAGAGUUUAUCCUCCAGUAGAGAUUCGAAAGGAGGUACGAAGCCAAGGAGGGCGAGGACUGCGUUCACGUAUGAACAGCUGGUGUCUCUGGAGAACAAGUUCAAGACCACGAGGUACCUGUCUGUCUGUGAGAGGCUCAAUCUGGCGCUGAGUCUUAGUUUGACGGAAACACAGGUCAAAAUCUGGUUCCAAAACCGCCGGACGAAAUGGAAAAAGCAGAAUCCCGGGAUGGACGUCAACAGUCCGACGGUCCCGCCGCCGCCGUCGGGGCCCUUCUCCGCCGGCGCCUACCCCGGGGGGCUCCUGUACUCGCACGGGGUGCCCUACCCCUUCACCGGGCCCGGGCCCUACGCGCCCUACUUCCACCAUCUAGCCGCCAACCACCACCACAGCCACGGCCUAGGACACUCGCACACGUGAUUGUGGCAGCGCCCCGGGCUCGACCCGCGGGAAAAGGACAGUGAUAACGCAAGUGGACUAUCGAAUUAGCGCCUACAUGAACGUUGCGUGUGAGAUUAAAUUGAGUUCGUAUGAACGCAGUGCGAUGCUGUUGGCGGUUGCGUUCAAAUUUUAGGUGUUCGUUAGAAUGAAGAGGCCAUAAGGAGUCUAUUGUGAUACUUAAAUAAAUUAAAAUACUGUGAAGCUAGCACAAAGAGACAAGUUUGUGCGAUUAAUAUUAUAGUGUCAACAUCGAAUAAUCUAAGAAGCUGUAACCAAAAAUAUUGAAAUGAUUGUGUAUAGAAUUUGAAUAAAAGUACUUAACUCACAUAAAGCCAAUUAUUACCUACAUAGAUUUGGCUGCUUUUAGCUUAAUGUUGUGAAUAUAGUAAUAGGAUGUAAAUAAAUUAAUCGGCGCAAGACUGUAUAAAUAAAAUAUUAUGUUAGUUGUAAUUGUGGCUUAUAAUGUCCGUAAAUAUACUUGACAUAGAUACUUUAAUGUAAAUCAGUGCCAAAUAUGUAAGUACCUAUAUCAUUUAGUGUUUACCUACACAUAUUUUUAUUUAUAAAUAAGACAAAGUCAUUUAUUCAGAUAAAUAAUGUAUUUCUUCAGGCACAUUUGUGUUUAAUUGUCAAUCUUGAAACAUU